AUGUCCUACGGUCCAUUGGAUGUCACGAAAGUGACGCCUCACUAUUGGCGGGCUACAAUCAAUCUACCUCCUUUCAACCUCGCAGGGCCAGAGAUUUUCCUUGGUCUCUGGGAUCUCCUGCAGGAUGUGGAAAUUGACCAGGAUCUCAAGGUCCUGGUUUUCGAUAGCGCAUUGCCAGACUUUUUCAUCUCUCACUAUGACCUUCAGAAAGCUCCAUCCAUCCCUCCUGAUUUGUUGGCUAAAUGGCCAGUGAUGAUGGUGAAGCUCGCCACCAUCCCCGUCAUCAGUGUUGCCGCUAUUCGUGGAAGAACCAGAGGCAUAGGAUCUGAGUUUGUCUUGGCCUGCGAUAUUCGCUUCGGCAGCGAGGAGAAAGCCAUUCUGUCACAAGGGGAGGUUAGUUUUGGACUUUUACCAGGAGGCGGUGGUAUGGAACUACUCCCAAGACAGGUCACACGCGGACGUAUGCUCGAGAUUGUUUGCGGUGGUGACGAAUUCGAUGCGGUAACUUCCGCGGCAUACGGCUGGAUUAAUCGAGCUGUGCCCGAUGCCGAAUUCGAGACCUUUGUCGAUCGAUUUGCACGUCGUGUAGCUGGAUGGGAAAAGGCAUCAUUGAUGUCAUCGAAAAAACUAACGAAUCAACGCUUUGGACUUCCGAAAGUGGAAGAGAUUUCCGAGUCCACCCAAACUAUGGGACGGCUCUGGGUCAAUCCUGAAGUACAAAAGAGGAUGCAAUUGUUGUUUCAGAAAGGUCUGGAAAGAGACCGAGAUGUCGAGCUGAAUAUCGCAGAGUUUACUGCAAAGCAUGCAACAUGGUUUACUGAAGGAUAG